UGUUGUUCCCAUCUCGGACAUCAGAUCGCUAUUACACUUCCGAUCUGCCAAUCAAAGUACAUGGGUUCUGUUCUCAAACACACCUAUGCUUCUUCCUACCUCAUCAUGCCACAAUACCAUCACCAGAGGAGCAAUGAGGAGGCUGGCUCGGUUCCAGUGCGUUGCCGAGGGAAAUGGGUUGCUUGGGUGAAUACCCAUUUCUGUCGUCCUCGAGCCAUCAAGUGAUGAUCUGCUCUGCGACAUUCCAAGUUUUGCUUGCUUAAUGACCAUCUUCCUCGCCUUUCGCAAAGGGUUCAUGAUUAUAUCGACAUAGACAGGCUCUCGAGGCCCAAUAAUUCUCUUCGUUCACCUGGCGUGUCAUUUUUAUCCAUCAUACCAAUAUUAAUUUUCUUUCUAUUGUUUGCGACUGGAUUCGCCAGAAAGGGAGGUACAGAGAUCGAUUUCCAGCAUGUCAUCACCCAACAAUCCCUCAGCAGCAAGGUCGUUUAUCUUCACGACUACCGGAGGCAAACGAUGUACAGCAAUACUCAAAGUUGUCCAAUCCAGCAAUGUCCGAACGACCACGGACCGUAAUCCUCGGUUGCCGGCGACAACGACGACAGCGGCAACGACAACGAUAGAAGCGACAACAAGGGAGGAAAAUCCGGUUCCAAUCAACACCAAUACGAGCCCCCUUCCGCCGCUUGAAGACAGUCUAUUGCCCAGUUCAACGAGUACGACGAGCAUACCGGCCGCAACAUCCAUCAUAACUAUCACGAGCACCUCUUCGCCUUUGUUCUUCACAUCGUCACCGGGAGCUGAGGAGACUUCCACGGGCCAGGAGAUUGAGACUUCAUUGGGAGCAAGCAUUGUCAAAGUAACAGCGUCAGAAAUAUUCCCGGAUGUCGCGGUAGCAACGCCUUUUGCUAGCACAGUUGCAAGCCUCCAGCCAUCCUCGGCCAACAAUGCAGUACAGUCCACGGAAACCCCGAGUAUAAUUCCCACUAUAAGCUCAGUUCCAACCACCAACAACAGUGAAGCCGCGAAGGUGGCUGGAGGUGUGCUCAGUGGUCUUGUGGUUCUCAGUCUCAUCGGACUCUUUCUCUGGCUGUGGAGACGACGAAGGUUGAACAAGAGAAGGAGCACCCUUUUGACUCCUUUGGGUCCUGGUCCUGGUCCUGGUCCUGGUACAGACCUAAAUGAAAAGACACCUUAUAUCAUCAGUCGACGUAGCAUUGGGCCAACACCGGUGUUCGUGAAGGCAAAAGCCGCUCUGGGUUACAACGUGAAGAAGAUUCGAGAGUGCAUUAGUCAAGCCUUUUCGGAACCCAGCAUCCGGCUGUUAUCGCCUUCAAACCGGCCGCAAUCUAAGGGACUCCUCAACGCACACAGUCGAAACCCCUCGCUGGUUUCUACCAACGAGGCCGGAGGGACGAGGUCGGUGAAGGACAGCAUAUCGAACUGGUGGUCUCGAAUAACAGCCCAUAUACACAUCAGCAAGCGACUACGCAUUACUCGCAACGAUGAGGUUGGGCAAGACAGAUAUUCCGAUCCGGAAAACACAAGUGAAAGGAAGGCCAGACUCAAGUACCAACCCGACUUUCUGACGUUGAUAGCCAUGGAUAAUGGUGAUCUCGACCGAGAACCCCAAGGACAAGGACAGCAACAUCUGAGCGUCACGCGCCAGGACAGUGGCAGUGGAAGCAGAGACAAAGUCCCUACAACACGACCACCGCACCUCGACGAGCGCGACAACCCCUUCAGAGUCAACAACACACUCAGCCAUAUAUCAGCCAUACCAGCGCCCCUAGCCGCCGGUCUUGGUCAUUCCGACAACAACCCUUUCAGCGACCCUCCUUAUCCUAUCCGAAACCUUCACAAUAACAAGGUCACCACAAUCUCCAGACCGCCAACAGUAACCACCUACCGCGCCGAGGACCGCCGCCGCCGGCAGUCACGGGGUCAAUCCAUCAGUGCGAACACUACCAACCCGAGUCAACAGCCCAGCACCCGCACCUACCGCGAGAGCAUCGACUCGUUUACGACUCAUCGGAAUAAAUUCCGCUCCGAUCCUUUUGACCUUGAACGCCCUGAGCUUCUGGGCGGUGCUCCGCAAGCCACGGCAAGCCAAGGGAUAUCAGCAGCAGCAGCAGCAGCAGGUCCUAGUGUUAGACAUCCACCCAGUGCUCAUACUCGCCAGGAGAGCUUGGGCCGCUCGUCGAGGUACUCGUACUCGAGCGGGGUGGUUAGUUUGGAUGAUGAGUGGAGUGAUCCGGGGCCGGAUGUUGGUCCUGCUUCUGCUUCUGCUGGGACUGGGAGUACUGGUGGUUAUGGGAGGGUGAGGGGGAAGAUUGUGGGACGGGCGAUGUAGGGACUGCGUGGUUAGCGUCCUGUGGAAUUCCGACGGAAUUGUUCUCUUGUACGUAUGAAUACAUAGUCUUCAUUUUGAUUAUACCGCCUCGGAUAGUUUUCCCUGGUCUAAAACAUCUCUGGCGUUAAAGUUUGGGCAGGUCUGGUCUGGGUUCCGAAACGUGGUGCUGCUACUACAGUUGGGGCAUGUGUCCCUCAAACAACAUUGGAUACGUUCGGUGAUAUAGGAUGAGAAAUGAUUAAGAACGAGUCGUGACAGUUAUUAC